AUGAAUAAUGUGCCUGUGUCGUCCUCCUCCUCCUACUCCUCCUCCUCUUCUUCAUCACCAUCAUCAUCAUCAUCAUCAUCAUCAUCAUCAUCCUCCUCCUCCUCCUCCUCAUCACCAUCAUCCUCCUCAUCAUCCUCGGGUUAUCCUCAUCCACCUCCUCCUUUGAUGACAGGAAUUUCUGAAACUAUGUCACCCUCUACAAUCUUAGCACCGCCCAAGGAGAAAUAUAGUACGCGGUACCGUCUGCUGGGCUCAAGUGAGAACCAGAUGAGGUGGAAGACCCAGACCUAUUGGAUGGGAACUAUGAGACGGGAAGCUGGAGAUGAUUAUUGGGGAUUUGAGGAAGUGAAACCGCAAGAACGCUUGGAGGCCAUGAUGAUGACGAUGAUUAUGAUCAUUUCCAUAAUCGCCUGA